UGCGAUGUGCGGCCGUCUCGCUCCUCUCCACACCGUUUCUUCAUCUUCAUGCAAUUCCAUUUUCAAGAACACAGAGGAUCACAUUUAUUUAACGGGAUCAUUUUAGCGCAGGAAGGAGGUGACACGGCAAAAAUCAAAAACAAAAAACUGCGUCUUGACUGAGAUGGGGAAGGAGCUUACUCAUUCCUGUGACUGUCUGCAUGGUUUCUGGAGAUGCAGGUGCCAGCAGAGGUUGCCCUUCUACUGACUGGAUAAAGCCAAUGAGGUUUUAGGAUGUGGUCUCUGAGAAGGACAGUGCUGCUUGCCAUCCUGGUGUCUGUGGUGCUUGUGUUGGCUCUCCUCCAUUCGUGGCCCACUCGUGCUCACACGCCAGUGAAUUUGUGGCAGCGACUCGGACCAGUUUUAGAGAGGCAUCUGGAAGAGAGGCUCCCAGAAGCAGACCACCAGCUAAGCAAUAUCCCCAUCCAUGUUAGGGAUAGUGUAGCAAGCUUGCUGGCUCGUAAUGGGUGCAUAUGUGAGGGUGAGAGUGGAAGAGUGAACCUUCCCUUUGCCCAGCUCUUAUUCCCACGGGUGUCAGCACACCCACUGCACACUGCCUUUGAUUCCUCUGAGCUGGAAGAAAUGAAGACAAGACGAGCCAAAGAGUACAUGAGUUUUCAGAAGAGGUCAAAGACACCUGCCGAUGUACUCUUGAUUGCAGAGGCAAACAGUCCCUUACAGUAUCCCUACCAGGGGUUGGAAGUGCGGCCCCUGAAAACAAUCAUCAUCCCAGGCUUGGCAUUACAUGACCAUCCCAGAGACAGUUACUCUGUAAACAUCAGUGUCACACUGGGAACUCUAAACGUAGCAGCAGAAGUCGAUGGGGUGAAAAUCAGAGGUGAUGGUGAGAUGCACAUGACUCUCAUGAGCAGCUUACUGCCCAAUCUGAACCGGCAGCUGCAGUUUGUCACCUACACCAACACACUGUUCCAUCCCAGCACGGCAGACACAGUGCAGUUUGAGACAGAGGGGCAUCAAACUGUCUUCACAAUCAAGAUCCGUCAUGGUGUGACUCCGAAACUUUACAACACUGGAUCUAAAGGAGAAUACAACAUCAGUGCUCUGGUGACAGUAGCUACAAAAACUUUCUUGCGCUAUGAAAAACUUCAAAAUCUUAUCGACAGCAUCAGAAGAUACUAUCCCACCGUCACUAUUGUGAUAGCGGAUGACAGCGAAAAUCCAAAAACCAUCUCCGGGCCUCACAUUGAACACUACAUCAUGCCCUUUGGAAAGGGUUGGUUUGCUGGACGAAACUUAGCCGUCUCCCAGGUGACCACAAAGUAUGUGCUAUGGGUGGACGAUGACUUUGUCUUCACAGCCAACACAAAGCUGGAGAAACUUGUAGACAUUUUAGAAAAAACCACCCUGGAUCUGGUGGGCGGUGCGGUGCGGGAAGCCACAGGGUACACUGCCACCUACAGACAGACCAUUUCCAUUGACCCAGGAGAGGAGGACGGUGACUGUUUACACCUCAGGAGAGGAUUCCAUCAUGCCAUCGAAGGCUUCCCCAACUGCGUUGUGACCGAUGGUGUCAUUAACUUCUUCUUAGCUCGCACUGAUAAAGUUCAGCAGGUUGGAUUUGACCCACGUCUUGCCAGGGUAGCUCACCUAGAGUUCUUCAUUGAUGGCCUGGGAUCUCUCCACGUUGGCUCCUGUGAUGAUGUCAUUGUAAAUCAUGCAACCAAAAUCAAACUCCCAUGGGUCAGCCAAUCAGAGAGUGACAAGACAUACGCCAAGUUCCGAUAUCCACCAGCCUCGUCUGAUGCCACGCGCACAAAAAACGGGCUCCUGUUCUUCAAGAAUCGUUUUCAGUGCUUGACUCAUAAUUAGGUUUCCCCCUCCUCAUCCUGAAGGUUCCUCUGUUCCUCCUAAGUUGCCAAAGAAGUUGUUCUCAAACUCACCCUGUCAGAUAAGAACGGUGGUUAACAUAUUGCUUUGCCUUUCCUUUAUUUUCGUUGGAUUUUUUUAAUGCCUUUGGACUUGACAGCAGUUUUAGCAUGUUUCACUUGGACGAGCGCAACUCUGCAGUGAAAUUAAUAAAAGAAGUGUGUUCUUAAAAAAUAUUAAAGCUCUGUUCUAUUCUGAAAACAGUAAACAGCUUUAAUAGUUAAAUCACAUUAUGAUAUUGACUAAUGUCAUGUUGUAGAGGGAUUUUGCUUUAUCAUUUCUUUUUCUGACAUUUUGGAAUUUUCCAGCACAAAGGAAAACAGUUAAGGGAGUAUCAGGACGAUUUGUCUCUCUUUGUCAUCCUUCUGUUCUGUGGCAAUACAGUUUCUGCUGCUUGGAAAAACAAUAUUUGCAUCUUAGAGCUUGACAAGAAGAACUCUGUUGGCAAGGACAAAGACACAAUUCAUAGAAAAACACAGUCCUGUAGACCAGGAGCAGAAAAACCCACAAAAUGUACACAUUCAAACUGUUUCUUGUGUUGUUCAUAAGCACCAUCACUGACUGGUCAGAUGGUUUUGUGACGUUUUAGGUUUUUACGAUUUGUCUGCAUAGUAACCAAGGGUUCACAUUUUUAUUUAAGUGGGAUAAGUCCCAUCUGGGGAGGAGAAACCUUUGAUUUUCCAUUUGGAAUCACACCUUUUGUGGUCUGAUCUGGAAGCAUGUGCUGCUUCCGAUCACUAACACGAAUCAGAAAGAAAGGAACGUGUGUCAUUCCACUCUGAUGAGGCACAGGGCACUCAAUUGUUACUUGCCGCGUAAAACUAAUUUGUUUGAUAAUUAUCUGUCAUAAAACACAUAAUGAGCAAUCAGUGUCAGAGGAAGACUGUAAGACACAGGAAGAGAAAGAAGAAAAGGACCAUCCUGUGUACUGUGAGAUUCUGUGUGUGCUGGAGUGCAUUACAGUGGUGCCUCAAGUGUCGACAUGGGUCUUCUAUACCGUGAUCUUCAGAUGGAGUCCUUGAGUCCCCGUGUUGUUUCCUGAUAAGUCAGAUAACCUUUUAACAGUCAAGUUUGCAAACAACAAAUGGGUGCCAGUGAUUUCAGCUUUUACUUAUUUAUUUUUUGAUGGGAAAUAGACAGAAAAGUAUUUUGUGAUAUUUUCCUAUAUAGUUUUUUUUAUUUACUUAUUUAUUUUUGCUUUUGUUCAUGAACACAGGAUGUUAAAUGGGAUCUUACAUUCAGAACUGAACUUUAGUAAAGCUGGAAACAUCUGUUGUGUUAACACAGAAACCACUGAUAUAAAUAGUAGUAUCAAUAGCAUCAUGGGUCAUUUUUAGUUUUGUAUGUUAUUAAAAUGUCUGGAAAAAAGUACUUGCGUUAUGUUUUUGGGAAGGAGGCUCAAAGAACUUUAUUGUUAAAUAAAUCAUGAAAAACUCUUAUUCCUUAAACCAAUUUGAAUGAAUGGAGAAUGCAAUUUGCAAGUAUGCAGGAUUACUGAUAAAGUGUCAACAGACUGCUUGCAACAGACAAGUGUGAGAGCCUCACUGUUGUGAUCCUGUUGGUUGGAAAACGAACGCUUACUAAAACACAUAAAUCUUGAAAUGUAAUAUCUUGAAAUCUGUUUCAGCAGUUAUUAAGACACAAGAGCGCUUUCUAGUAGUAAAACACGAGGAAGGCGUCAUGCUGUGGUGUUUUAUUGCUGCUAUAAGUACCUUUUGCAACAAAUGAUCACAUCAGAAGUCCUUUGCUUCAUUGUAAGGCAAAACGUAUUACCAUCUGGCAGAAACAUUUUGAGAUGAGUGCCAAUAAUUCUGGCCAGAGUUGACCAGUGUUUUAAGAAUGUUCACUAUUGUGCGUGGUUUUACAUUUCUAGUCUUUGGCCGCUUUGGGCAUGGUGCCUUUGUUUGUAUCUAUUGCUGAAGAUCAUUUGAAUAUUCUAGAUAUUUUACUUGCAAAUGG